AAUCACGUGAUAAAACGCACCAAUAACUUCGCGGAAAAUAUCUGGAAGGGACAGGAAUAACUUCUAGAAUUUAUUUAUCUGUCUGACGUGUAGGAAUUUGCUUGGUGCAUUAUAUUCUAGUAAUUUCAAGUAAUAUUGUGAGUUGUGAGCAUAAGUUGUGAGUCAAGUAUAAACAGCGAAGAAAUAGAGAGGUUUUACACGAGUAAUUAUCGAUCAAUUCAUAUCGUCUCAUAUCAAGUGAUACGUGAUUUGGUGUUUUGUUCAGUGAGUUUGAAGUUUGGACAAAAUGACGCCUUCAGUACAAUCCUUUCUAAAUUCCUUCAAUAAUAAAUUGGAACCACCUGUGAAACAGCACCUGAAAAAUGUCUAUGCCUGCCUUGCAAUGUCUACAUUGGCAGCCGCUAUUGGGGCCUCAGUACAUAUUUACACCGACAUCUUACAGGCAGGUUUUUUAUCUGCUAUCGGAGGGCUAAUAUUUUUUGUUUUACUCAUGACAACUUCUGAUAAUGGUGGAAAGGAUAUGCACUGGAGAGUUGGUUACCUAUUGGGCUUUACAUCUCUCACAGGUGUUGGAAUGGGCCCACUGUUAGAACAUGUUAUAGUUGUAGAUCCCAGAAUAAUUGUAACAGCAUUAAUUGGAACUAGCGUUGUAUUCGUUUCCUUCACAAUUUGUGCCUUGUUGGCUGAAAGAGGAAAGUGGCUUUAUUUGGGGGGACCUCUGAUGACAGCCAUGUCAACUCUAGUGAUUCUCUCUUUUGCCAAUUUGUUUUUUGGAUCUUUUAUGGUUUUCCAAGCACAAUUGUACUUAGGUCUUUUUGCAAUGUGCGGAUUUGUUCUUUAUGACACCCAAAUCAUAAUUGAAAAGUUUAGAUUAGGAAACAGAGAUUUUGUGGCCCACUCUUUGGAUCUGUUUAUUGAUUUUAUUGGUAUCUUCAGAAGACUGCUCAUCAUCUUAACCCAGAAGGAACAGGCAUCUGAGAAGAAGCGUAGACAGUGAUGGAAAAAUGAAUUAUUGAUUAAAAACACUUUUUCUUGAUGUAUCUUGUUCCAAUACAGUCAUUUAUUUAA